AUGCUACGAGUACCCAACAUGUCAGUCUCGCCGCGCCCCGCCGCACUGCGCGCCGCACUUCGAGAUGUCACACGGCUCGACCCCCGACUGACUGACUGACUGACUGACUGACUGACCGCGACCGUACCUUGUCGCCACAGGAACAAGGAUGAGAUGAGGGGCCUGACCCAGUACAUCGCCGACCUCAGGGCAUGUCGCGUCCGGGAACUCGAGGAGAAGCGCAUCAACAAGGAGAUGGCCCAUAUCCGUCAAAAGUUCAAGGGUGCGUCCACGGACGACGGCGACGGCGACGUGGGGGCCCUUGGCUCGGCGUUGGCGUGGUGCCCUCCGUGCGUGGCCGCCACUGACGAGCGAUCGCUUCCUUCUCAGAGGGCAACCUGGAUGGAAGGCAAAAGAAAAAGUGUGUCUCCCAUCCACACCCGACGAGCUGCCCAACCCUGCCUCACACGACUGACCCCGUCACCUCUCCGUCGCCGCCAUCGCACAGGUACAUCAGCAAGAUCAUCUUCACCUCCAUCCUCGGUUACCCCGUCGAUGUCGGCCACAUGGAAGCCGUAAACCUCAUCUCGUCGACCAAGUACUCGGAAAAGCAGAUCGUCAGUCGACCGGUCUGCCUUCUGCCCGUGCCCGACCUGUGCCAGCCCCCAUCUCACCGUACCAGCGAUCGCCGCUUUCACAGGGGUACCUCGCUCUGACCUUGCUCAUGCACGAAAACUCGGACCUCGUACGGCUGAUCGUGAACUCGAUCCGUAAAGACCUCGAUGGCUUGGACGAGACCGUCAACUGUCUCGCACUUCACGCCAUCGCCAACAUUGGCGGCGCAGAAAUGGCCGAGGCUUUGGCGAGCGACGUACACCGUCUCUUGAUCUCGCCGUGCGUUGUGGGCUUGGCACCCUCGAUCAGGUUCAGACCAGGUCGCUGAUCUUUUCCUUCUCCCCACAGAACAUCUCGAAGCUUUGUCAAGAAAAAGGCAGCGCUGACCUUGCUGCGACUGUACCGCAAGCACCCCGGAGUGAUCCCUUCCGCCGAAUGGGCCUCCCGCAUCGUUUCCAUCAUGGACGAUCAAGACCUGGUACGUGCCACGGGAGCCCGACGACGAUCCAGCGCACCGAAACUAAUUCUCUCGAGACUCUUGAUGUCCAGGGCGUUGCACUCGCCGUGGCUUCGCUCGUCCUGACCCUGGCCCAAGAUAACCUCAGUGCCUACACAGUCGCAUACCAAAAAGCCGUUGAACGGCUAGCCAAGGUGAGCACGGCGUCUCGUCACCGUACACAAGCCCGCAAGUUGACCCGUCUCACUUAGAUCGUUCUGGAGAACGAGUACCCCUCCGACUAUCUCUACUACAAGGUGCCCAUCCCGUGGCUUCAAGUCAAGCUCCUCCGACUGCUCCAGUACUACCCCCCAUCCGAAGACGCCAAUCUCCGGCUGACUUUGCACAAGGUCCUCGAGCGCAUUCUCAAGAACUCCCAAGACACGCCCAAGAACCCCCAACACAACAACGCGCUCAAUGCUGUUCUCUUCGAGGCCAUCAACCUUGCCAUUCAUCUCGACACGGAGUCCUCGAUCGUUCACUCGGCCGCACUCUUGCUGGGCCGAUUCAUCUCGGCCAAGGAGACGAAUGUGAGGUACUUGGGACUGGACACGAUGACCCAUUUGGCUGCACGUUCCGAUUCCUUGGACGCGAUCAAGGUCCACCAAAACGUCAUCAUUCAAUCGCUUCGAGACAAGGACAUCUCGGUCCGUCGUCGAGGUCUCGACCUCCUCUACUCGAUGUGCGACACCUCCAAUUCGAAAGUCAUCGUCAGCGAGCUGUUGAAAUACCUCCCCAUUGCGGACUACACCUUGAGGGAAGAGAUGGUGCUCAAGAUCGCCAUCUUGACCGAAAAGUUCGCUGUCGAGUACGAGUGGUACGUCGAUACGAUCCUCAAGUUGAUGAGCACCGCCGGCGAUCAUGUCGGCGACGAGGUUUGGUACCGGAUCGUGCAAAUCGUCACCAACACCGAGGAGCUUCAAGAGGUCAGUCUUCACGGGUCGACUUGGUCUGUUGGCACAAGAUGAGACUGAUGAAGGCCUCCGCGUCUAAAAGUAUGCCGCACAAAAAGUGUUCGAUCACCUGAGCCUCCCCAACUGCCACGAGAACAUCCUCAAGGUCGGCGCAUACAUCCUUGGAGAAUAUGGGCAUCUCAUCGCGGAUGAAGAGGUAGGAUCUCGGACUGUGUCUACGUCCGUCAGCGAGCACAACUGAUGCGGAAGCUCUUGGCCGGUUUGGACAGGGUCGAUCCCCGAUCGAGCAAUUCCAACUCGUCAACUCGCGCGCCAACCUCGCCUCGGCAUCGACCAAAGCUCUCCUCUUGACGGCCUACUUCAAGUGGCUCAACUUGUUCCCCGAGAUCUACGAGCAGAUCGUUAACCUGUUUGAACGGUAUUCGCGUGUCCUCGACGCCGAGUUGCAACAGCGCGCUUGCGAAUAUCUCGUCAUUGCGAAACAGCCGGAUGAUGAGUUGUUGCAGGUCGUGGCUGAUGAGAUGCCGCCUUAUCCUGAGCGGGAAAGUGCGGUGAGUGGACGCGAUCUGGCUGGAUGGCCCAUCAGACGCUGACAUCGCCAUACUAUCCACUUUGCAGCUGCUGAGUCGAUUACUGAAGAAGCACGGCGAUACCGGCGACAAGCGCACAUGGCACAUCGGUGGCAAGGACAUCAACCGAGGCCAGGAUGCCGAGCGAUACAAGGGCUUUGGGCGACGGAAGAUGAAUCCCACCGCGGACGCGACGGGCGCAGCCCCUAUCGAUGCGACUACAGCUGGGAGGUCGAAGGCCAUUCCUGAAGUCGACACAACCGAUGUCAUGUCCUCACUUGCUGGGCUGGACCUCUCGUCACCGACACUGGAGAGGGGCGAAAGUUCAUUGGCCCCUUCCCCUCUCGCACCUGCACCUUCACCUGCCGCCGGCGAAGCUUCACUCCCCUUGCUCGGUGCCGCUACGAGUAGUACAGCCACGACACCGACAACAUCUCGCAAGACGUCCCUGCCGCUCACGCACGGCUCCGAGAAAUGGCUCGCUCGAUUGCUCUACAACCCCGAUGGCGUCUUGUACGAGGAUACGCAGCUGCAGAUUGGCGUCAAGACCGAAUACCAUGGUCAUCAAGGUCGCAUCGCCAUCUUCUUCGGCAACAAGCUUUCGGUCGCGCUCGAGUCCCUGACGGCCACCUUUGACGUCGAGGACGAAGAUGCCCUCGAGAUCAAGCUCCCUUCGAUCGUACCAUCCCAUCUCUCCGCCUCAGCCCAAGUCCAACAACUCGUCCUAGUCGAAGGUAAAAGCACCUUCUCCACACCUCCCCUCUUGCGCAUCUCCUACCUAGCAGGCUCGCACCAAGAACUCGUCCUGCGUCUACCCGCGUUCCUCACCAAAUUCAUCGAACCCGUCCAACUUUCCUCGGACGCCUUCUUCGAACGGUGGAAGCAGAUCGGUGGCGCACCGAGGGAACAACAAAAAAUCUUCCCGAUCGUAAUUCUCGAAGGGGGCCGAGUGGACGUGGCUAAGCAGCGAAAGGUCGUGGGUGGGAUUCGGAUGGGCCUCUUGGAUGGCGUCGAUCCGAACCCGAAUAACCUGGUUGCGGCGGGGGUGUUGCAUAUGUCGUCGGUGGGUAAGGUCGGGUGCUUGUUGAGGGUCGAACCUAAUCCGGAACGAAAAGUGAGUCGCGAAGGAACACACGAUCGAAUGACCUAUCUGAGCUAAUCCAGCGUGGUGUUCACUGCAGUUGUGUCGCUUGACCGUCAGGAGCACGAAUGAGCAAGUCUCGACCGAGAUGCUUCGGUUGCUCGUCGGUGCUCUCGCCACCAAAUAG